AUGGCUGGUCCUUCUUCAGUUGCCACUGAGAUUCGCAUGGUGCAUUACAUGAUUGAAAAAUGUUUGGUCUUCAACAUGAGCAAAGAAGAGUGUGUGGAAGCUCUCUCUAAGCAUGCAAAAAUCAAUCCUGUCAUCAUCGCAACUGUUUGGAAGGAGCUGGAGAAAGAGAACAGUGAAUUUUUCAAGGCGUAUGUGGAGAAGCGAAGCAAAAAAGAGAAAAUGUCAGAGGAAGAGCUAAAACAGAUGAUCCAGAAGAUAAACUCAGACUCAUCUAAAAAAUCCGACGACUGAUCACGAUGGUCGUUACAUCUUAAUUAAUUUAAGAACCGUAUAAUUGUCUAAAUAAAUAUGAAUCUCAUGAAAACGAUCUCUCCCUGACGCAUGCAUGUUUUAUAUAUAUAUGUAUAUCACUCUUCUUUUAUAUUCGCAUCGGGCCAACAAUAAAGACAAAAGAGGAGUGAUGAUGCUCCAUUUGGUACAUUUACGUACGUGGUCUACAUCGCUUUUGUAUAAAUGAAUUACGAUAGAAACGGACGUUGAUACAUCGACC